UCUGUGCCUGUGUGUGCGAAUGCACUCGUCACAUUGAACGUAUUAGAUUGGAAACAUGUUUUGAGUCUUCAGGAAAGAAAGGAGGAAUGAAAACGGCUCUGCAUGAGAGCCAGAGGAAACUUUCCAAACUUUUCACAACUUUUUUUGUUCCUAUCACAUGCAUGUGAGUGUGUGGACCUUAUUUAAUUUUUUUAUAUUCCUUUAAAAAAAGCAUCACUUGUACGGCAUGGCACUGCUCAUUUCUAAUGUAAUGCAUGUUAUUUAGUUAGAAAGUAUUUAAUCUUGUUCUUUGUUCAUUUUAACAUUCUGGGUAAAUGCUCAAGCAUGCAUGCGUGUACAUCUGAGGGUGUGUUUGUACUCAUAAAUAUGCUGUCAAUCAUCAGACAUUUAGUUUCAUGCGCUUGAGGCAGGUUUAAUUAUCUUUUCCUUUUCCUAUUUCUUGUGUGCACUAAUUCACUUACAGUUCUAUACCUUAUUUGGCCACUUUUGCUGCAGCAUAAAGCAUGUACUCCACUACAUUUCCCUCUGUCGUCUCCAUCCUUUUUCUUUUAUCCCUCUCAUAUUCAUAUGUUUUUGCUGGGAUGGACUCCUGCUACAAUGAGGAAGGCGCACCAAGUGUCUGCAUGCCUAAGUUUGAAAAUGCAGCUUUCGACCAUACCAUAAUCGUUUCAAACGUGUGCGGCUCUCCACCUGAGGACUACUGCAUGCAAACGGGUUCCACACGCUCCUGUCGCCAUUGUGACGCUUUAGACCUCAAAACAAACCACAAUGCCACCUAUCUGAAUGACUUCCACAGCGACGAGGAACCUACCUGGUGGCAAAGCCAGUCCAUGUUCUACGGAGUGCAGUACCCCAACUCUGUCAAUUUAACACUACACUUAGGUAAAGCCUAUGAGAUAACAUACGUCCGGUUGAAGUUCUACACUAGCCGCCCAGAGAGUUUUGCCAUUUACAAACGUACAAAUGAGACAGCACCUUGGCAGCCAUACCAGUACUACAGUGCAUCAUGCCUGAAGACCUAUGGUAGAGACACCAAGGGCUUCAUCAGACCUGGGGAGGAGGAAAGAACCGCAACCUGUACAGAUGAGUUUAGCGACAUCUCUCCACUAACCGGAGGAAAUGUAGCUUUUUCUACGCUUGAAGGAAGACCCAGUGCCUACAACUUUGACCAGAGCCUAGUACUACAGGAAUGGGUGACGGCUACAGAACUGCUGAUCUCUUUGAACAGGCUGAACACCUUUGGAGAUGAGUUCUUCAAGGAUGCCAAAGUGCUACGCUCCUACUUUUAUGCUAUCUCUGACUUUUCUGUGGGGGGCAGAUGCAAGUGUAACGGGCAUGCCAGUGAGUGUGUGCCAGACGAGCAAGGCCGUUUGGUGUGUGUGUGUGAACAUUACACUGCUGGGACAGAUUGCCAACACUGUGCCCCUUUCUACCGGGACCGACCAUGGGCUCGUGCCACUGCAGACUCUGCUAAUCAGUGUGUUAAGUGCAAGUGCAGCGGUCGUGCGGACGAGUGUGUGUUCGACGCCGAGCAGUACCGCAGAACAGGUAGUGGUGGACGGUGUAUUGGCUGUAAGGACAACACAGCAGGGUCGCACUGCGAACGAUGCAGAGAAAACUUCUACAGAUCGUCUGCACUGCUUCCCUGCAACAACUGCAACUGUAACACUAUGGGCUCUGUGAGUCUGCAGUGUGAUGAGGAAGGAGUGUGUCUCUGCAGGCCGAGCGUAAUGGGGGAAAAGUGUGAUAUCUGUAGACCUGGCUUCCAUUCCCUCGGACCAGGGGGCUGCAGGUUGUGUGAGUGUGAUGAAAGGGGCAGUGAAGGUGUGUGCUCAGCAGGAGAUGGGAGAUGUCACUGCAAAUCCAAUGUAGAAGGACACACAUGUGACAGGUGUAAACCUGGCUCUUUCAACCUCCAAGCUGACAAUCCACAUGGCUGUCAGAUGUGCUUCUGCUUUGGCCACUCGCUGGCAUGUUCGUCCUCCCAUCAGCAUGUGGCCUUUAACAUUACCUCCAGCUUCCUUGAGGAUACUGACGGCUGGCUUGGCGAGUUCUCAAGACAACAAGAAGCCUCCUUGAUAUGGAAAGAGGGAGAAGUCUAUCUGCUACCAUAUAGCGAGAAAGAUCUUGGCUACUACAAAGCACCAGCAAAGUUUCUGGGGAACCAACUUCUAAGUUAUGGCCAGCAUCUUACCUUGUCAUUUACGGCUGAAUCACGUGAGCUGUUGCCUAAGAUUGUCACCAUGGUUCUUGAAGGAUCUGGACUGUCAGUCAGAGCUGACGUGUUUUCGACGCAGUAUGAGGACAGCGAGACUAGCCACAACCCUCAUAACUUCUUUACACUCAGGUUAACCGAAAGCAAGGUGAAUCCAUCUCUCACGCCAUUUGAGUUUCGACAUUUGCUCAGCAACAUGACUGCACUACACAUCAGCAAUGUUGGAGGACAAAACUAUACCUCCCAGCUCUCUGGUGUGACAUUGAACUCUGCGACAUUGGCCGAGUCCUACUCCAACACCCUCCUCACACCACCUGCCCCCUGGGUUGAAGUGUGCACCUGUCCACUGGGAUUCAUGGGACAGUUUUGUGAGCUGUGUGCACCAGGUUUUACCCGAGAUCGUCCUAAUGGCGGACCAUAUUCCCCCUGUGUUCCAUGUGACUGUAACCAGCAUGGGACUUGUCAUCCAGAAACAGGUGUCUGUGACUGCACAGACUUCACAACCGGUCCCUCUUGUGAGCGUUGUCAGGAUGGUUACUAUGGGAACACAUUGACUGGCAGCCCAGGAGACUGUGUGCCCUGCCCCUGCCCAGACCGUACCACUUGUGCCCAGGUGCCAGAGACAGGCGAGGUGGUAUGUACCAACUGCCCAGCAGGACAGAGGGGAACCAGAUGUGAGUUAUGUGAGGACGGUUUCCACGGUGAUCCACUUGGCUGGCAUGGUGAGGUGCGGCCAUGUGUAAGGUGCGAGUGUAACGAGAACACGGACCCCAAUGCUGUAGGCGUGUGCGAUCACGUGACCGGCCGCUGCCUCAAGUGUUUAGGACACACAGACGGGGACCGAUGUGAAAAAUGCCAAAGCGGUUACUAUGGAAACGCUCUAGAUAGAAGCCUGCGGCCUUCCCAAAAGUGUUUACCCUGUGUCUGUAACCCCUCUGGCACUUUGGGGGCAGUGGAUGAUUGUGAUCCUCACACAGGAAGAUGUCUGUGCUUAAGACAUGUGACAGGAAGAGACUGUGGACAGUGCGAGUUCGGUUACUUCAACAUGCAGCCAGGGCUAGGCUGCAACAGUUGUAACUGCAAUCCAAUCGGCUCCUCAUCCCCAAUGUGUCACCCAAUCACAGGCCAGUGUACAUGUCGAUCAGGUAUCGAGGGCAAAAUGUGCGACGUCUGUAAAAUGGGAUUUUUUGGCUUUUCCUCCAGAGGCUGCAGAGUCUGUAACUGUGACCCAAUGGGAUCAGUGUCCAUGCAAUGCCACGCCAACGGGACGUGUCCAUGCCGCCAAGGAUUUGUGGGUUACAAGUGUGACAAGUGUGAACUUAACCACUACCAAAACCCCCUGACCCACCAGUGUGAGGAGUGUCCUGUGUGCUACAGUCUCAUCAGAGACCAGGCGACUAAACUCAAAAGCCAGCUGCACACUUUAGAGAGACUGCUUUCCAACUACGACUGCAGGAGCUUCAGACACAGAGUCUACGUGCGCCCUAGUCACGUGCGCCAGCAUCACAGGCUCGAGAAUCACUUGCAUCAGCAUCAAGGCGAGGAUUACUUACCUAAUGCACUGGAGGAUUUUCUGGCCAUCCAAGAGGCACGGGAAGCUUUCAUCAGUCAGUUCACACAGCUGGAAACAUCUGUUCAAGCCCUACAGAUGCAGCUGUACAACUUUGCCAGCAUAAUGAACUGCAGCCUUCUGAAGGAAGAAGGAAGUCCAAGCAGCAAGGAAGUAAACACGACGCCAAAGGCGACAAACGAAUGCCGUGCUCUCAUGGACACGUUCGCUGCUGUCACAGAAACACAGGCACAGCUUCAGAAGAUGACCUCUGAGCUUAACAGUCUAGUAAUCCCAUUCAUUAUCCCAAAAGGACCGACAGAGUGGAACGCCUUUGUGAACGAAUCGGAAGCUUUGGUUAAGAGUCACAAAGAAAUGGCUGCUCAUAUUGAAGUGCUAGCAGGAGAGGCUUUAAAAGCAUCUAACAAAACUUAUUCCAUACUGCUGGAUCUACUAGAGGAUAACUCCGCAGAGCGCCAUUUACAAGAGCUUACUGAGCGACUGUCAGACUUGCAGCAGCUGAAGGAGAAUCUCACACGGCAGGCGAACGAGACCCGUGCUGCCUACCUGUCAGUGGAGGAGCAGAACAAAGAAACAGAGGCCAUUCUACAAAAUGUUACCUCCACUCUCCCCAAACAGCACAAGGACAUAAAUAACAACCCCCUGAACACCUCCUCCAUUGAGCAGCUCAGUGAAGCAGAUAAUACAAUAACACAGGAUCCGCAGCUGAUUCAGAGUCUAGACCUGGCCAACAGGACGGCUGAGUUGGAUUUGCUGAUUCAGUCCAAGGAGCAAUUCUUCAAUAAGAGCAGAGAUGAGUUUAAAUCACGGCUGGAAAACACUCACAACAAUCUGAACACCACGGAAGAGUUCCAGCAGCUGACAACACUUACACAGGGGCUCCGAGAGAAAGCCCUUGCUUCAGUAGUGGAAGGAAAGAAGAUUGAAUCAGAGGCAUUUUCUCUCCAUAGACAAAUAGAAGGCUUAGAAAAGGAUUGGCCUGUUGUGCGCACUCAGACCCUGGCAGCUUUGAAGAGAGAGGGCAUUGUGGAGGAGAAGGUCCUGAUGGAGGUGAAGAAGAAGGUGAGGCAUGCUGAGAGAGUGCUCAGACCUGCGCUGGUGAAUGCAACGCAAGCAAAAGAAACAGCCACACAGGCUCAGAAGACAGCUAAUUCCAUUGCUAAGGAUGCUAAGGCUUCUUUGUCUAAGGGAAAGCAGACAAAGAAGGUAUCUGCUGAACUGAAGACAGUCGUGAAUGCAGUCAUGCAGCAGCUGACAGAGCAGGAGAAUUUAGCUGCUCAGGCAGCAGGCAAUGUGCAAGACGAGACUGAUGUUUCUUUAAAGGGAGUGAUGGGCAGCAUGGAGAUAGCCAAGAGCCAGCUAGAGGGUUUCACACACAUGCUAGACGAGCUGCUGGGUCAAAUAGCAGAAAGAAAUACAGAUAUGGAGAAGUAUGACCACGUGCUGACCGAGACAGCCACACGUCUUCAAAUCCUCCGGGGAAGCGUGGAGAGCCAGGCACUGAACAAAAAGUUUCAGAUACUCCUUGGAGCUGCUGAGGCUCAAAAAGAGCAGCUAAUGGAGCUUGAAAAAAAUCUGCUGGACAUCCAAGAAGAGCGGGACAGCCUGACGGAUAUCGCCCAGAAUCUACCUAAAACAUGCCUAGAGAGGAGCUAAAGUGAAGGAAUAAAAGAAGAAAGGGAAUAUAAAAAAUAUAUAUUUUGCAUACUUCUUCUGAAAUAUGAGACUUAAAUAUAUUAGUUAGAGAUGUGAUCAAUGAGAAUUCUUUGAGCAGUUUCACAUUUAACCACACGGUGUCGCCAAAUUACACGCUAUAAUAUAAAUCUGGUUUCUGAGAUUACAUAUAGGAUACAACCAAACACUUUUGAAUUACUGCCUGUGUAUUAUAAACCAUGAUGAUGUCCAAUAAAUCAUUUGAAUGUCUUUA